CCAUUUGCCGACACUCGCUCGAUCCGCCAGGAAAUCUCGCGCGUCCCCUCGAAUCGACAGCGUCGGCCCCACCACUAAAUACCCCCUUCGAAACGCCUUCUCGAUCCCUCACGCAUUUUCACAAACACCUUCUCUCCCCCCCAGUCUCUCUCAAUCUGCAGGAAGAAAGAAGAAGAAGAAGAAGAAACCGAGAGAACCGAUCAUGCCGUACUACCACCGCAGCGAGGAGGACGACAUCGAGUUCGACGAGUACGACCCCACCCCAUUCGGCGGCGGCUACGACAUCUCCGUCACCUACGGCCGCCCCCUCGAGCCCUCCGAGGAGAUCUGCUACCCCUCCACCUCCUCCUCCACCGGCGGCCUCGAGGACGACUACGACUGCCCCCACUUCGCCUCCUCCCACGACGAGCCCGCCGCCUACGCCGAGGACGCCCUCCAGGCCGAGUACAGCAGCUACGCCCGCCCCAAGCCCCGCCCCGGCGGCCCCCUUCGGCGGCCCCCUCCUCCCCAGCCUGGAUUCGGCGGUCCGGGCGGUCCCGGAUUCGGCGGUCCGGGCGGUCCCGGAUUCGGCGGUCCGGGCGGUCCCGGAUUCGGCGGGCCCGGCGGUCCCGGCGGUCCCGGCCCCGAUUUCGGACCUGGGUACGGCGGGCGGCCGGAGGAGGAGCCAGGCUCUGGGUACGGCCGGAAGCCUGAUUACGAGAGGCCUGGAUCCGAGUAUGGUCGCCGUCCGGAGGCUGAGUACGGUUCCGGGUACGAGAAGCCUAGCACGGAGUAUGGAUCCGGGCACGGCCGUCCCGGAUCUGAGUAUGGAUCCGGGCAUGGCGGCCGGACCGAGUAUGAAAAGCCGAGCUCGGAGUACGGAUCCGGAUAUGGCGGCCGCACCGAGUAUGAGAAGCCGAGCUCGGAGUACGGAUCCGGAUAUGGCGGCCGGACCGAGUACGAAAAGCCCAGCUCGGAGUAUGGAUCCGGAUACGGCGGUCGGACUGAGUACGAGAAGCCGACCGUGGAGCCGACCGUGGGAUAUGGAUCGGGGUAUGGUGGCCGGACCGAAUACGAGAAGCCGAGCACGGAAUAUGGAUCCGGGUAUGGUGGCCGGACCGAGUACGAGAAGCCUAGCACUGAGUAUGGAUCCGGAUAUGGUGGAAAGACCGAGUAUGAAUCUGGUGGGUCCGAAUUCGGAUCCGGGUAUGGUCGCAAGCCCGGGUAUGGUGAGCAGGAAGGCGGUGAAUUUGGGUAUGGCGGCAGGCCACAGAGGACUGAGAUCGAGAGGCCGAGCUAUGGCGGCGGCGAGGACGAGCCUCCAAGGAGGCCGAGCUAUGGCGGCGGCGAGGACGAGCCUCCGAGGAGGCCGAGCUAUGGGACCCAGGAAGGGGAAGGGUUCGAGAGGCCGAGCUAUGGGAGCCCAGGAGGGGAAGGGGUUCGGGAAGCCAAGGACGAUGAUGAGGAUGAGGACAAGCCUAAGAGGUAUGGGAGGAAGGACGAUGAUGAGGAUGAGGACAAGCCUAAGAGGUAUGGGUAUGGCGAAGAGGAGGAGGGCUAUGGCCGCAAGAAAUAUGGAGAUGACGACUCUGGUGAUGAUGAGGAUGAGGAAAAGAAGCAUUACCGCUCCAAGCAUCACCACCACCACAAGCACCAUGACGAUGACGAGUGA